AUGAACCGUGUUCUGCUACCAUUUGUUGAGCAUAUGGAUCAGUGUGGUAAGGUUAACACAGAAACCAUCGACUUCGCAAGCACGGGCAUGAAUCACACCGAGGGAGGCUGGCCCAAGGACGUGUCCACGACCGAGGAUGACCAGAAGGUUCGCUACAGGAAGAAAAUUGAGAAGGAUGACGUCUAUAUACAUUCCAUGUUGCAACUAGGUCAGAAGAUCGAGCACUGCAUCCGCCAGAACAACGCCAUCGACAUCUACGAGAUGUACUUCGAGUCGGAGGAGAGUCCCAUGGUGGAGGAGCCGGACCCCAUCAAGACCGUGAACGUGAUCAGGGACCCCCACGGAGGUCAGAGGAUGGUGACCUCGGUGAGUUUCGCUCCCGAAGGAGGUCACAAGAUCGCCGCCGCCUACUCGUCCUCCAAGUUCAUGGCGCUGAAGGAGACGACGCCCAAGAUGUCCUACAUAUGGGAUAUAA